CGGUGCCGGCCAGUCGCAGCGCAGCGUCGGUUCCAGGUCCCCGGCAGCUCCGUGGGAGAGAGAGAGAGGGAGAAGGAGAGAGAGAGAGAGUGAGAGAGAGAGGGGGUGGGGGGGAAGCGAGAGGAGACGAAUAACGGUUCACUCCAAACAUUCAUGGAGCCGAUGCCCCGCGUGUCGACCAACACCGCAUCCGCGUCUCCUCACAUGAGUCGAUGCGCUUGGAUGCGGACGCGGUGAACGCGCGUUCUUGGAGGAGGAGGAGGAGGGGGCGCGCGGACGAAUCCAAGCUGGUCCACCAUUGUUUGCGUUCAAAAUAAGAAAUGGCCUGGAUGUGGAAGAUCCACCCAUUGGCUGUAACUGGAGCUGCCGGCGGAUCUUCAUCAAGCAGAUGGAAAUCGAGGAAGUCGUUGAUCGCCACCAGUCUGAUCGUGGCGGUGUCGCUCUUCGUGGUCGCGGUCAACUACUCGGAGAAGCCGUACUUCCUCCUGCAGCCGGUUUUCGGGCAGACGUUCAGCGGCCACUGGAUGUUCUCCAAGCAGCCGUACAAGGCCUUCAAGCCUCACCUGGGCUACGUCAGCAUCCCCACGCAGAAGCCCCUGAAGCUGCACUGCGAGCUCUGCAGCAUCGUGUCCAGCUCGGGCCAGAUGUUGGGCCAGGCGGCCGGCGCGCAGAUCGACCGCUCGCCGUGCAUCUGGCGCAUGAACAACGCGCCGACGCGGGGAUUCGAGCAGGACGUGGGCCGGCGGACCACGCUGCGGGUGGUCUCCCACACCAGCGUCCCCCUGCUGCUGCAGAAGCCCCAGCACUUCUUCGGGCAGGGCAACGACACCAUCUACGUCGUGUGGGGCCCGCUGCGGAACAUGAGGACGGACGGGAAGGGCAUCGUGUACAACAUGCUGCGGCAGGCCGCCGAGAGCUACCCGCAGGCGCAGAUCUACGUCACCACGGAGGAGAGGAUGAACUACUGUGACACGGUCUUCAAGAAGGAGACGGGCAAAGACAGGAUCCAGUCCGGCUCCUACCUCAGCACCGGCUGGUUCACCCUCAUCCUCGCCAUGGACAUGUGCAAAGAGAUCCAUAUCUACGGCAUGAUAAAUGACACCUACUGCAAGACGGAGGGUUACCGGAAGGUUCCCUACCACUACUACGAGGCCGGCAGCCGGGACGAGUGCGCCGAGUACGUGCUCCACGAGAGCGCCCCCUACGGCGGACACCGCUUCAUCACGGAGAAGUCGGUGUUCGCCAAGUGGGCCAAGGCGCACGCCAUCAAGUUCUUCAACCCGCCGUGGCUGCUGUCGUGACCCCGGCUCAACCGGCCUGGGAGUACCACAUCGUCAUCGUCAUCGCCGCCGUCGCCGUCGCCAUCAUCGUGCAGUGACCAGCUGAAUCUCGACACCGACGGAGAGCAUGUUUCCUAACGUUCACUCCAAAUCCAAUAUGGAGCACUUCAAUUCUAGACGGAUUUCCAUUAAGGUCGGACCAACCCGGACAUCAAAAUCAUAUCUCGCGCUUCUCGAAAAACAUUCAGUCCUCUUUCUUUCUCCUGAAUUUGAAAGCUGAAGGAAGUGCUCUGCUCUGCGCCGACUAAAACCACCCAUCGGCUGCUCUGUGAGUUCAGCGAAGGAUGGCUCGGAGACUAACUUUGAAAAUGAAGAGGGAGCAGAAAAACAACAUGACGGCGAAUCCACCGUCCGACAGCCUCGCUGUGUCCUCGGCAGCUUCCAUGUCCGCAGGCGCUGAACAUCGCAGAGGCUAAAUUGACAUAUCCUUUUUAUUCGAUUGUUUCUCCGGCACUGUAGUCGGCGAGGAGCUCGGCCGCCGCGGAGACGCGUCACGCCGCCGCUGACGUCUGACGAGCGCGCCCGCUCCGUUUCCUCCGAGCGACUUCUCUCCUGUCGGGGCUGUAAUUAAUCUGUAACGAGUGUAAUUCGGAGCCCUCAUCUCCGACGGAGGGAGCGUUGGAAGCAGAUUGUCUGUCAGUUUUAAUAUUCCUCUGAGUCGUUUUUUAAAAGACGCUCCAACAAAAAAAACAAGGUCGUUUCAGAAAGGAAACAGCACCCGAGUGAGGGGAGAAAAACAGAAAAUCCAAUCAUACUCAAAGGUGAAGCAGAGGUUGUCGACGUAAAUCUGCUUUUUACACUAAUGUUUGGUGGUUGUGCCGUUACGUUGACUCACACGGCUUCAAGAUGUCAGCUUUUAUAUAUAUAUAUAUAUAUAUAUAUAUAUAUAUAUAUAUAUAUAAAUAAUGCUGUGAAACUGCAUUUUAAGAGACAUGUUUCGGAGUUCGUCUGAUGUCCAGAUGGUUUUCUUAUUUAUUCUGCAGAGAUCGGGCUCCCAGGUGAGUGUGCGUGCCACUGACGAGAUGAGCAUCGCGGCGCAGACAGAGCCAUGUGCAAUUAGAAACCCCAUCCUUACGGACGGGAGUAAAGUCAUUCGUGACCCCGCCGGGGGAGAGAUUUAUGUGCGUUGCGAAACCAUUCGAAGUUAAUUGUGUUGUAUUAUCAUUUUGUGCCUGCAAUAUAUGUAUACACUCUGCAGCUCGUCGCACACAGAGACGGCAGGAGACGCUCUCACACCCUCCGUCUCUCGCCCGUCUUCUCGUGCCUCUUCUUGUGAACAGUGUCACCGCGUUGGACACGUCAUCCUCCGUUUUUUUUGGUCUUUGGACGCGACGCGCGAUGUCUCUCCUGGUUCGGCCAUUUUGCAUUUGAACGCACCGAGUUAAAGGACAGUGGAGAGUGUUGAGGUGUGCAGGUUGGUCCGCGGCCCGCCCCGCCCCGCCCCUCUCGCCCCUUUCGCCCCUCUCGCCCCUUUCGCCCCUCUCGCCCCUCUCGCCCCUCCAUGAAGCUGUGGUCAGUGUCCUGCUCAGAGCCGCGGCCCACGGAGGAGGAUUGGAAGGAUUCCGACUUCUACUGACUGUGAUAUACUGAGCUCCACAGUCUCGCUCCUCCUGCGGCGAACCGUCUACGAUCACACCUUAUUGGUCGUUUCUCUGUAAGCACUGAUUUGGUGAUUUACAGGACAGGAGUUGCUGUACGUAGCGUUUUGGUGGAAGUUCGACUACAUUCAAACAAAGUUAUUUUUUUGACCUCGGAAACAAUUGUUUGACAAAACUAAGUUUUUCAAUUUGGACACAAACAGACUAAAAUUACCACCGGGCUGAAUUUGUUUGCUACUGGGUUUUUUGUUGUUGUUUUUUUUACAUAUAAUUGAUUUUAGUAACGCUCCACCGGCCACAUUUCAAUGUGAAGCAGAUCCAACAAUCCAAUAUGCAGUGAAAUAUAUUCAUCGAAAUGCUUUUGAAGUAGUUGUUGUUUGUAACCUAUGUUUCUAUAAAAGCUUUCUCUGAACCCGUUUUUUAGAAACUCAGACUUUCGACCAAACUAUUUCAACGAGAGGAACAAGUCCCUCAAAUGAGUUUACAGUGCUGAAUAUCAAUCAUGUGAGCAACAUUAAUUCACACAAUAACAGUCAGAUCCGAUGGUUAUUGAUCUUAAGGAUGAAAUGAUGUCGUCCAAUUUGUAUUUGUCCGGAAACGGGCCAUGUGGUAACCAUCAAACUCUCAGCAGAUUGGGUGCGAUGGUUCAGCUUUCUCACCCAAAAAUAUUAAAAUGAUUAUACCUUUUUUCUCAGAGCAUUUAACCACUGAUGAUGUGGUUGAAAGUCUUUGGAAACCCACAGGGUCUCCAUGGCAACAUCAGUUCAAAACUGCAACGAUAAAUUACAAAGAACAAAAUGUUUCUUAAACAAAGUUUUUGGUUGUAAAUGCAUUAUCUAUAGCUAUUUUUAGUUGUUUUGUUCCCAAACUCUAUUUGGAUAAGGAAUUAACUUUUAAAGCUAAUUUGGUCGUAACUGCUUCAGUCAAACUUCUUUUUCCCCUGAGGUGAACAAUUAACUUUCUCUCACACUUUACAGAAGUUGUUAAAGGAGACAUACUGUGCCUUUCCUCUAGUGUGUCACAUAGGUUUGUUUUGAGUAUGUAAAAUGUCUGCAAAGUUAAAAAGCCAAACGCUAAAGGGAGCUCUUCUCCCCGAGAGAAAACACUGCUCCUGAAACGCCUCGUCAGUAGUCCCCCCGAUACUUCCGUAAUAUUGUGAUGUCACGAUGUUACGGAAGUGCACGAGGCACAGCUAGCGGCUACUCUGACACGCCCCCGACAAAGCCAGGUACAGCGAAGAGCGGAAACCGACAUUUCCUCCACACGCUGGAAGCCUUGAACCAAUCAGAGCAGACUGGGCGUCAUUGGGGAAGGAGGGGCCUUAAAGAGACAGGAGCUAAAAACCAAGUGUUUUCCGACAGACUGAAAGGAGGAGCUGCAGGAAUGUGACAUUCUGAGAAAUCUGAGGUGUUUACUGAACAUUGGAGCACGUACACCUUUUCAUAUCAUAACCCAAAUUUAAAAUUAUGAACCUGAAUAUGAGCACAAUAUGUCUCCUUUAAAUAAUUGUGAUGCUAAAGAUGCUGAAGAUAUCAGCCACAGAGUUUGCAUAUCAACAUAAACAUCUCCGGACCAAGAAGCGGUGACAUGACUGAAAUUGGUUUGCAUCAGGGACAGAAAAAUCCGUUUUCUUGCUGUAUUCCAGACAGAGCGACUGUUUACUGCACCCGCUGUGUAACCUUGUCACUCAGUGGAAGUCGACCUGGCUGAAAAGAGCAUCAGCAAACUGUAACAAAAACAACAACAACAAAAAACGCCCCUGCGACUCUGAGCAGAGACGGAGGCCGGCCCGAAAACACACUGCGGGGUCAAGGGUCCCGUCGUCCCCUCCGGGACGAGACGAGCUUGAGAGGCUUUUCAGUCCCGGCAAUAUCCACCACAUCGAUGUACCGUAUGUAGAGCAUGAAAACAAAGUAUUAUUUUUUUCCCCCCGUCCAGAAAGCCUGAAGAUAAGAUCUGGGUCUCGGCGGAAAAAAGUUUUAUUAUUAUUAUUCUUUCUCUCUCUGUGUUCCCGACACGGGAGCGUGAAUUCGUACAAUACGCCCAUGCAUGUUACACACAUUUCAUCACUCAGCCUGUGAUUGUGUGAUUGUCAUCUGGCAGCUUCUCCUCUCACUGUACAGUGCAGACGGCAUCAAUUGUAAAGCACGUCAUAUUAACAUAAGAAAUGUAUGGAAUGUUUGAUCAGAUGUUUCCGGAGGUGUCUUUGUGCAUCAUUGAGGUAUUUUACUCACAACUGGAAUGAGAGAACUGUUCAUCCUCCAUCCUCCUCUACCCGUUGUUUUGAAUAACGGUUGCUUCAUAUUUUUAUUUUUUUUGUUGACGCAGUGGUUUGUGUGCAGAAUUGGUUUUUUUUCCCCGCUGCCGGUCGCGUGUUGCCAACAACAUUCUGCCGCUUCAGGCUUUGUGCACUCCGAUCCACAAACAAACACUCCAUUGUUCUCGGCCAGAACACACUGCGAGAAUACACCCGCAGAUUUAUUAUACUGAAUAUGGUGGAGGAUACGCCCUCUCACAGGCGCCCAUGAAUCAUUCAUGGCCCACAGGAAGCCAAGUGUGGACACGGCCGCUCUGUAACUCCGGAAUGGGCACUGUGAGGGGGGGGGGUACUUUCCAUUCAUGAUCGGCAGAUUUAGUUACGUUAUCCUGUUUCCACUGUUAAUGCUAAGCUAAGUGACUGAAGCUUCACCUUUCCUGCACAGACACAUCAGACAUUGAAUGAGAUUACUUCCCAAAAUGUUGACGGGAAAAAAAUCAUCCUUUCAAAUUAAAAGCCGCCUUAUUUGCUUUUAUCUGAUUUUUGCAGUAAAUAUGGGAACAGUCCCUUAGUAUGAAUAAACAUAUUUCUGGAAAUUACAUUACAAAACUAUUCCUUUUAUAACAUUUCAUAAAUACUUGUUUAUUUCUGAUUUUGUCACCUGUCCCCUCCCGUUUCCACUCCCCGUGCUAAGCUAUGCUAACCGACUGGAGCGUCAUAUUUACCGUGCAGACAUAUCAGUGUUAACAAGCCUCUCAUCUACUGUCACUCUCUGACAGAAGUCAAAUGACAUUACAGAUUAAAAAUGUCAACGCAAAAAAAAAUAGAUCUUCUUGAAAUUCACAAUCAUCCUUUCAAAUUAAAAGCAUCCUUAUUUGCCUCCUAUCCAUCUGACACUAAUGAAUGGAAUGAGUAUUUGCAUUAAGUAUGGAAACAGUCCUCUUUAUGCAUAAACACAUUUGUUAAAAUGUCAAACUAUUCCUUGAAUUACAUUUUUGAAUACUAAAGUUGAUCAUUAGAUGGCCUAAUUCCGUGCUCACAGGGACUUCACCUCUGCACCUCGCUGUGCGCGUGCAAAUGAUGAAAAAAAACGAAAUAAAAAGGAGACACAAAUACAGCUUGUCCUCAGCUGCUUGGCAACAGGCCGUGCUCGCGUCCGUCUGUUCACUCGCUGUGUGUCGCAAAGCAUAAUUGAAGGGUCGCUUCCCCUCAUCAACGGCGCAGGGCUCAGAGGAAAGCAGAGUCCGUUAUUUGGACAUGGAUGUGGAUUUUCAUUGUCCUCCUCCGUCUCACUAGUCCGGCCUCCUCUCCCCGCUGCGAUCCGUCGAGCCAAUUACCGUCUGCAAAGAACUUUUGAUCGUCUUCGCGACCCCCCCCCCCCCUUGACCUUUGCACUUGUUGCCAUUUUCUCCAAAAUGCCUCAAGUGCUUUUUCUUACAUCGAGAACUUUCUUGUUUCGUUUCUCUCUUCCCCCCGUUGUGCACGUGUUGCUAUGAUUUUUUUCCCCGCGUGUCGUUAAAAAAAAAAAAGCACUUUCCUUUGUCAUUUUUCGGCGUCAAGUGUCCUUGUGAGACGUGUGACUUUGCGCGUGUGUAUGAGUCACGUCGAAUGUAAUACCACACCGGGGUUGUUACAAACAUGUGAGAAAAGUUGUUUUUUUUAUUGCUAACACGCUCCUGCUAUCGGUGGUGAACUAACACACCCGAAAAUGCUGCAUGGACUAUUGCAGGUCAUUGAAAUGUGUGUUUUUGUCGAGAAAACAAGCGGUGAUCGUGUGUAUUAUUAUUCUGUCACUUGCGGUCUACGUCAUAGCUAAAAAAGUGGAUGUAUUGUGAACGUUUUCUUUUAAUUUUUGCCCACAGUGUGUGGAUCCUGUCUUCUGUGUCUUUGACUCACCGUGGGGAUUAAAGAGAAAAACCUGAAAACCCC